AUGGAGGCCAAAGCGGCUGCCCGAGCCAAGAAGGAAGAAGGGGAGGUCUUUGACAUGUCCAAUCCGGUCAAAGGAAUCAAGAUUGCCAAGGUACCCACUCCCCCAAAGGAGGCAGCCGCUCGCAAGGCGCACCGUGAAGGACGCAAGAAAAAGACCAAGGAACGUGCCAAGGAACGUGAAAACAGUGUGACCUUCGACGAAGAUCUCAAGAAGAGCAAAUCAGGAGAGAUAGCUACCACUGAAGAGACGGACGACUCUGUUAGUUAA